UUUUCAGUGCGAUCGCAGACAUUGUGCAAAACGGUUCACAGUUCUCUCCUCGCGACUGGAAGUGAUCGUCUUGCUGUUUCUGUUUCUGAGUUUUUUGUGGGAGUGCACUGCAAGAAGUCAGAGAAAUCGUGUCAAAUCAAAAGAAAUCAAGAGCCAGUUGCAGAGUAACUCAUUUUGAUCACGUCGCAAGUGGCAAGUGAGCUUUCGAGCACUUGAGCUUUAUCAAUUUCGGGCGUUUCUUCGGAGGCUCGACAAAAACACACAGCCAAUAGGAACGAGAUUCGCAGCGAGGGUCGCAACAUGGAUAGCGUCAAGUCGUUCUUCGCCGGUUCCAGCAAAGAUGGAAACCUCACCAACAACCAGCAGUCGAAUGUGCCAGGCUCCUCCAUAAGGAGCCGUUGGGGUCGGAGCUGGAGCACCAGCUCCCAGCACACGGAUCCCGAGCCAGGAUCAGGAACCACCAACUCCACGGUCAGCAAGAGCGGAAAUCCCUGCGAUGUGAAGCGCAAGGACAGUGAUAACUACUUCUACAUCAUGUGGCGCGCCUGAAGAUUACCAGACCAGAUUGUGGAUCCGAGCAUCAACCGGAUGAGUCGCGAUCCGUAUCUUAAGUGACCUGCAGCAAUUAUACAUCUGUAAUCCAAUUAGGAACAUCGGAGCGCUAGCGGCAACAGUAGCCUUUUGCCUCGUUGCACCAUCUCCAUUGGCCGAGUCCGGUGUUUAGUGAUACUAGUUAUUUAUUUACAAUUAUACACAUUCAUUUUUACCCA